GAGCGGCGGCGGCCGCGCCCGGCGCCCUAGGCCCCGCGACCAUAGAGUCCGGAAGUGCGGCCAGAGCAGCUCCUGGGGGCGCUGCUCCGUCCCGGCCCCCGCCCAGCACGCGAGGGCCGCGCCCGGGCGGGCGGGAUGGCCGUAGCGCUGGCCGUCAGGGUGGUCGCCGGGCUGGCGGCCGCGGCCUUGGCGGCCGUGCUCUUGGAGCACUACGGCCUGGCAGGCCCGCCCUCGCCACGGCCCCAGCCUCGCACCCCCCGGAGCCCGCACCCCGCGCCGGGUCCCGGAGCCAGCAAUAUCUUUUGGGGUCUGCAGAUUUCCGACAUUCACCUGAGCAGGUUUCGCGAUCCAGGCAGAGCUAUAGACUUAGAGAAGUUCUGUUCUGAAACUAUUGACAUCAUUCAACCAGCUCUCGUUCUAGCAACAGGAGACCUGACAGAUGCCAAAACAAAGGAAAAUUUGGGAUCCAGGCAGCAAGAGGUAGAAUGGCAAACUUACCAGGGUAUUCUGAAGAAGACAAGGGUCAUGGAAAAAACCAAGUGGCUCGAUAUCAAAGGAAAUCAUGAUGCAUUCAACAUUCCAAGUCUGGAGAGUGUUGAGAAUUAUUACAGGAAAUAUUCUGCUGUACGUAGGGACGGCUCUUUCCAUUAUGUUCACGGUACUCCCUUUGGCAACUAUUCUUUCAUCUCUUUGGAUGCCACCCUAAGUCCAGGGCCUAAGAGACCUUUUAAUUUCUUUGGAAUUUUAGAUCAGAAACAGAUGGAGGAGCUUUUAUUACUGGCCAAGGAAAGUAGUCGGAGCAAUCACAGUAUUUGGUUUGGACACUUUACAACAUCCACUAUCCUUUCUCCAUCACCAGGAAUUCGGUCCAUAAUGAGUUCGGCUAUAGCUUAUUUGUGUGGGCACCUCCAUACACUCGGUGGACUGAUGCCUGUUUUGCACACUCGCCACUUCCAGGGCACUUUGGAACUUGAGGUGGGAGACUGGAAGGAUAACAGAAGGUACCGGAUCUUUGCUUUUGAUCAUGACCUCUUUAGCUUUGCAGAUUUGACCUUUGGCGAGUGGCCUGUGGUUCUUAUCACUAAUCCCAAGUCACUCCUCUAUAGUUCUGCUAAACAUGAACCACUAGAAAGACUCCUUCACUCAACACACAUCAGAGUUUUGGCCUUUUCCUUAUCCUCCAUUACUUCAGUCACAGUUAAGAUUGAUGGAGUUCAUUUAGGGCAAGCUGGUCAUUUGUCUGGUCCCAUUUUCAUACUAAAGUGGAACCCAAGAAGCUACAGUAAUAAGACACAUAACAUAGAAGUAAUCGUUCAGGAUUCUGCUGGAAGAAGUAAGAGUAUUCGCCACAUGUUUUCUGCUAGAGAGGAUAUUCACCUCAGGUUUGAUCCCCUGGCAUCAUUUAUUCUCCUUACUGACCAUUGUAUUGUGGCCCGGGUCCUUUUUGUGAUGAUUGUGCUGAUCCAGCUCACCAUUCUCAUUAUUUUUCGGUAUCGAGCAUAUCCGGAACAUAAAGGACCUCCAGGAUUUGUAAAUUUGACCUCAUUUUCCUUUCAUGUCUUGAGCAAAAUAAACAUCUUCUACUACUCUGUGUUGUUGCUGACCCUGUAUACAGUGCUGGGACCAUGGUUUGUUGGUGAAAUCACUAAAGGCAAAUUGGGUUGCUGCUUUUCCUUUGGGAUCUUUGUUGAUGGACAUUUCCUACAAGGCAGUGUAACGUUUAUAGUUGGAAUUCUCCAGCUGGUGUUUUUUAACAUCCCCUUGAUGAUUUACCUGUGUUGGAGCUUGCUGCAGCGGUGCUUUGGUCACACCUUCAGGUCUCAUCUCCGUCAAGGAAAAUACUUGAAAAUUAUACCUGUUCACCUACUUAUGUUACUGCUGUAUAUCUGGCAGAUUUAUUCCUGCUACUUUCUUCAUAUGACAUAUGGCACUCUAGCUUUAUUAUUCUCCCCUUUGCGGACCUGGUUGACACUGGUGACACCUGUUCUCAUUCGUUGUGUGUGGACACUGAACCCCGCUGAGCUGGGAACCUUCGUAGUGCAAUUAAAAAGCCACCUGAGCUCCUGAAGGCCAUGUCUCAACAUCCACCUUUGCAGCCCAGGCCUCUGCCCCAGCAGCAGGCGGAAAGCCAGUAUUGGUGGGCAAGCUUCAGGGAGUAGCUGUUCCUUGGAUGCCUGGGAGUUGCGGUUACCCAUUACUGAUUCCUGCAGAAUGGACUGCAGAAAACUCUCUAAAUGAUGCCAUGAUUCCUUCCUUCACCAAGAAGGCAAAGGGUUGAUUUACUUUUGUGAAGAGAAAGCCCUAAUCUAGGAGGUCCACGGGGCAGGGGCUGUAUGGGUAUGGGAGUAUCUGACGCCCACCCAGUGUGUUUUUUACGGUUACCUCAUGUAAAGUACCUAGCACAGUGUCUGGAACUCAGCAACCUAUAAGGGCGUCACUUUAAGGGCAGGGAACCAGUGCAAAGUUGCGCUUGGCCCCGAGGACCCUUGGUUAGUUCCCAGUCCUUUUUUCCAACAGAAUUCUAGGCUCUCUGCUUCCUCAGUCGGGGGUGUUUUCAAUUAAUCAAAUAUCAAUAAAUUAAUGGUGAAUAAUAAGUAACUUGAUCUGGGUCCUGCCGAUG